UGCUCGAAAUUGACAGAUUAAAUCGCUUACUUAUUAUCAUAAUAUAAACAACUGCAAAUUAAUAUUUUAAAAUUAAUAAUAGCUGAUGUGAUUGUGUACAGGAAGUAAUACGAAAAAAAUCUCUAAUUUCUCUAAUAGAACAGAAGUGUGGAAUACAGAUGUUAAGGCUAGAUACUUUUUAUAUAUAUAAAUAACUAUCAAAAUGGUUGACAUGGGGGCUGAAGUUGGCCAAAAAAUGAGGUCAGCUAUCAAGGCGAAACUAACAGAAUUAGACUGCUAUGUUGAUGACGAGUUACCAGACUAUAUUAUGGUAAUGGUUGCUAAUAAGCGUACCAAGACCCAAAUGAACGAAGAUUUAUCCCUCUUUUUGAAUAGAAAAACAUCAGUCUUUGUUGAUUGGCUUCAUAUAGUAUUAAAGAAACUUAAAGAAGUUUCGGUAACCAAUUUGGAUGUUUACAAGAAAGCUAGUAAAAGAAAAUCCAAUGAAUAUACAAAUGCAAAAGUACAUCAGAAGAAAAUAAAAAAAGAAUAUUGUAAGAAUACUGAUGCAAUAAUUUUCAAACAGGAAAUGGAAAAUAACCAAGAUAAAUCUCUAACAGAUGAUUUACCUUUGAAUGUAAAAUCUCUGACUGAAAAUAGAAAAAUUGUUUUGAUUCCUGAUAAACCUCAAAAUAGUCUUAAUCAAAGCUUUGAUAUACCCUCAUUGUCUGAAAUUGAACAGCCAUCUCUGAUGGAAUUGAAAGAUAUUGAGUCUCAAAUAAAAAAUGUUAAAAGUAGAUUGGGUUUUAAAAUAGACCAAGAGGUAGAUGAAUCUGAAUUGCAACAAUUAAUUGAAAACAAUAAAAAAAUACCAAAUGAAUGUGAGAUUUCCAGCAAUAGGAGGCAAGCCAUUAGGGAGUCAAAAUAUGGAACAAAUUCCAAUAUAACAGGGAUAGAGGAUAAUCCCAAAAGAAUUGAAUUUGGUGAUACUAAUGAUCAUUCCUCAAAUGUUAGAAAAGAACAUUCUAAAAUUAUAUUUUCCAAAAAGGACUUUAGAUCACCUUCAAGAUCUCCACCUAGGAAGAAAUCUAUUCAUGAUAGACUUGGGACAUAUGGUGAUGAGAAAACUAAAUCAGUGUUGAGCCGACUUGGAAAUUAUAGUUUGAAUGAGAAAAAAGAAGAUUCAAACACAAAGAGAACACAUUCAAAGUAUGUAAAGGAAAGGAAACUAAAGGAAAUUAGAGUCUCAGAUAUUAGAGAGAAAAACAAGAGUAUUCUAGUUAAAAAUGGAGUGUUACAGAGUGGAGGAGUUAAAGAUUUACGUAGUCAACUAUCAGUGGGUGGAUCAGUGAUGGCAAAGAACAAGGAUUUAAAGAAACGACUUGGUUUAUCUUCUAAAGUUACUAUUCCACCAAUGGAUCCACAAUUGCUCGAAGAUACUUUUAAAAAACGAGAGGUUGUCAGUGUCAUCAAGGUUAAACCUAGGAUUUUACCACCAAAUGUUCAACAAGCCAACAAAAAUCUCCUUUUGAAGGCUGUUGCCGACGCACAAAAGAGUAUAGCGCAAUCAAAAUCAGUUGGACAGAAUCAUAAGAAUACUUCAACCAUUUUUGGUAAUCCAGAUGUGAGAUAUAAGGAAGAUGAUUCAGAGUUACUUGUACAUACUGCCAAAACACGAAAAGUAUCAGAAGUAGGAAAAGAAAUACUCAAACAAUUCUUAUCUAGUCAAAGCGAUGAAUCUUCAGACCAAGAGUAUAUACCAAUACCCAUUAAAAGAACAGAAGCCAAUGUAAAGUAUGUCCCUAGUUCUCUUGAUAGGAAUGUGGAAGAGAAUGAUGAAAAUGCUGAGAAAAAACACAAAUUCAUUGUUACUUUAGAUGGAAUUCAAAAGAGCGAUAUGGUUGCGAGAUUAUCUGUUAAGGAUAGACUCGAUACUAGAACACUUAGAUCACCAAUUAUCUUUGAUGUUGACGGUGAAAGUACUAAGACUAAGAGGAACAUACCUCAAGAACUUCCGACAGUUCCCGUGACUAUUUCCAAGAAGAAAGAAAAAUGUAAAUACUAUCCGUCAUGUAAAAAUGGAGAAAGGUGUGAAUUUAUCCAUCCAGCUAAAAUGUGUGAACAAUUUCCAUAUUGCAAGUUUGGUGAUAAAUGUCUCUACAUUCACCCAAAUUGCAAGUUUGGAAAUUCAUGUACUAAGAGAGGGUGCCCUUUUGUGCAUUUGAACGAAUAUGGUGCUAAAAAUGCAAUUUCGGCAGUUCCAGUGAAGACGCAGGUUCUAACAGUCCAAAUUUGCAAAUUUUUUCCAAAGUGUACAAAUCUGUCUUGUUCUUUUUUUCAUCCCAAACCAUGUAAAUAUGGAAUUUAUUGUAAGAAUCAAUCAGGUUGUAAUUAUAUUCAUUCAGCUUUUUCAACUUCUAAAAGUCUCACUUGGAAAGCUAAAUAGUUCAUUGUUAAAAAUUAUAUUCAUUUAAUGUAAUAAAAUUGUACAGCGAUUAUAUAAAUAGAAGUGGAGUAUUCAA